CCCUCUUCAAGCAGAUUGUGCGCAUGCGUGGACCGGUUUGCCUACUGACAGGAGUCACGACGCCGAAGAGGAAGAGUUGACUGAGAUUGGUGGUGAAAGGAGCGACAUAACCUCGGGACUCUUGGACGUCAAAGAGCCGAGGAUUAACUUUGUGCACCGGAGGAAACGACGAGUCUGUGUGUUAACUAUUGAGUGAGUUUGAGUGGAGAAAGAAGAUGGGUGAAGUGUCGGUGGACUCGAGCACACUUUGUCUAUUUGACGUUGACGGCACUCUGACGGCUCCAAGACAGCCUAUAACUCCUGGGAUGUCCACGUUCAUUGAUAAGUUGAAGACUCGGGUUCGUGUCGGGGUGGUCGGUGGGUCCGACCUCUGUAAAAUCAAAGAGCAACUUGGAGAUGACGUCAUCCAGAAGGUGGACUACGUGUUUGCAGAAAACGGUCUCGUGGCCUACAAGGGCGGACAGUUACUUUCUGUUCAGUCCAUCCAGGCCCACAUGGGAGAAGACCUACUACAAGAAUUUAUCAACUUCUGUCUCAACUACAUGGCCAAGAUUAAACUGCCCAAGAAGAGGGGCACAUUCGUUGAAUUUCGCAACGGCAUGUUGAACAUUUCCCCCAUCGGACGCAGUUGCACGCAUGAGGAAAGGAAAGAGUUCUACGAGCUGGACCAGAAAGAAAAAAUCCGCGAGAAGUUUGUGUCCGUUUUAAAGGAGCGCUUCAGUGAAAAGGGAUUGUCGUUCUCAAUCGGAGGGCAGAUCAGCUUUGACGUGUUCCCGAAUGGUUGGGAUAAAAGAUACUGUCUGGGGAUCGUCAAGGACGACAAGUAUUCCACCAUUCACUUCUUUGGGGACAAAACUAAGCCUGGAGGAAAUGACUACGAGAUCUACAGUGACCCUCGCACCAUUGGCCAUGAAGUCUCCAGUCCGGAGGAAACACAACGCCUUUGCCAGGAGCUUUUCUUUUCGUAAGCAAGAAAAGUCCACUGCAAAAAAGAGAAGCUGCUUACGUUGACUUAAAGGUGUGCUACUGAAGGUAAUAUUUUAAAUAACAUUCGGUGCUAAAAACACUAAGUGGCUGCAGGUACAGUGACACGGGGGGUUUGGGGGGGUACUGUUACGUCCAGUGGUUCAGGAUAUUAUUUGUUUACUUUUUGGGUGUUUUUCCAGAUUUUUUUGGGCUUCACUUUCUGUUUUCUGCUCUUAUUUUGGUUCCUACCAAAUAUUUGCUAUUACUGGCUAUAAUGCAACCAUGAUUAGAAAACUAUAUCAAUUGUGAAUCACAUGUUAAUUAGGUAACUAUUCAAUAGGAUUAUGUGGUGUUGCUGUAUAGAUAGACCUUGAGGACUCUUUCUGGGGCAUCAAAUGGAUUAAAUGUGUGUUUUUAAAAGGUACAAGCCGCACUACAACAACCUUUUACAGACUUAAAAGUAAAUCCACUAUUAAAUAAAAAUGACAAAUAAACAUUACGACCUGAGACAGUGAAGGCAAUGAAAGCAAUUAAGUUAUUUGCUUUAUGGUACAUAUCCAAGACUAAUAACAUUUUUAUCCUCUGCUACUAAGUCUUUUGGGUUAGUAUUUUGUUUUAUGAAAAUAAUAAUGACAAAGCUGGCCUAGAAUGGUUUGCUUUUUUUACACAUUUAAGUGCUUAUGGUCCUACUAUUAUACAGUAAGUCGCUAAUGAUGAAGACCUCCAUGUAAACUGUCGUCUGUUCAUAGUUUUAAAUCCCAUUUAAUUUGUGGCAUGAUUAAAAAAUGACUGGAAAAGCCGCCAA